AUGAAGGCCACUAAGCUUUCAAGCUCACUCUCUCUGCUGCUCAGUGGCAUUCUAGCAGUCGCUUCGGCGCAGCCUCAGGUCUACAGCAACGCUUCUCUUGCUCUUCCGAGCUGCUCCGAUGCCGACGCUGCUAGUCUUCCACACUUGCAAAGGCGGUCUACCGACCAACCAUGGGCCCAUCAGAAACGCACCAUUCCACUGCCAGCCAAGCGAUCGUAUGACACACAUCACUACUAUGUCGUCGAGCUGCAUUCGCGUGCUGCCAAAGAUGUCGACCCACGCGACGUGGCCGACUCGCUAGGCGCCGAGUUUGUUGAAAGAGCCGGCGAGCUGCCGAAUCACUGGCUCAUUCGUUUGGAGAAGCCGAUCCCAGAGCUCACCGAGUCUUUCGAGAAGCGUGAUGAUGCCUCCUCCUCCUCCAUCGCACGACCCGAUGUUCCAGAGCACCAAGAUUCAAUCCUGAAACGAUGGAACCAUAUCCGUCGCUCAGCUCGUGAAUCCGGCUUCACCACAAAGCACAGCCUCUCGAAACGCCAACACGCUGCUGCACUCUCAAUAAAGGCCGUCGAACGUCAAGAAGUCAGGCGACGACACAAGCGCAACGUCAUCUACGAUCCAGAAGAGAUGCCACAUCUCUAUCCCGAACGACGCGAUCCCCUCCCUUCACCCGACGGCUGGCCAUUUCGUGUGAGGGAUCCUUCACCUCGACCACCCAUUAUCCCCACAGCCAAGACGGUCGAAAUGAUGGCCAAGUUCAACAUCAAAGAUCCCAUCUUCGGCGAUCAAUGGCAUCUAGCGAACAACCGUAAGCUCGGCCACGAUCUCAACGUCACAGGUGUAUGGGAUCAAGGCGUAUUGGGUAGAGACAUCACCGUCUGUCUUAUCGAUGAUGGACUCGAUAUGCACAGUCCGGAUCUCAAAGAAAACUUCUUUGCACCUGGUAGUUACGAUUUUAACUCCCACACUGAGCUUCCGGAGCCACGCGAGAGUGAUGACCAGCACGGAACGCGAUGUGCUGGUGAGAUCGCUGCGGUCAAGAACGACGUUUGCGGUCUUGGUGUUGCGUAUCAAGCCAAAGUGUCGGGUGUACGUAUCCUGUCCGGGCCGAUCUCGGAUGUGGAUGAAGCAGCGGCGUUGAACUAUGCCUAUCAGGACAACGAUAUUUAUAGUUGUAGCUGGGGUCCUCCUGAUGACGGACGUAGUAUGGAUGCGCCCAAGGGUCUCAUUGCGAAAGCCAUGCUGAACGGUAUUCAGAACGGCCGUGAUGGAAAGGGUAGCAUCUUUGUCUUUGCUGGUGGUAACGGUGGUGCUUCCGACGACCAGUGCAACUUUGAUGGAUACACCAACUCGAUCUACUCGAUGACGAUUGCCGCUGUUGAUAGGGAGGGUCAGCAUCCUUGGUAUUCAGAGAUGUGUUCGGCUAUCAUUGCGACGAGUUGGAGUUCUGGUAGUGGAGAUCACAUCCAUACUACGGAUGUGGCGUGGAAUGGGGCGAAUAGGUGUACUGCUUCUCAUGGAGGGACUAGUGCAGCUGCGCCUUUGGCGGCGGGUGUGAUUGCGUUGGGCUUGAGUUUGAGGCCUGAAUUGACGUGGCGUGAUGUACAGCAUAUUGCGGUGCGCAGUGCGGUCAAGUUCAACCCCGAAGAUCCGGAUUGGCAGCAGACUCAGGCUGGAAGGCAUUUCAACCACAAGUACGGAUACGGUUUGAUUGAUGCUUAUCAGUUUGUGGAGGAGACCAAGCGACACAAGUUGGUCAACCCACAGGCUUGGUACGAGUCGCCGAACAUUACCUUGCUUGCGACGGAAACGUUGAUCACCGAAUCUGGAACCGAGUCAACGUUGACCAUCACCGAAGAGGAUCUCAAGAAAGCCAACUUGGCUGCGCUCGAACAUGUUACGGUCCGUGUCUGGAUCACGCAUCAACGACGUGGCGAUGUCAAUGUCGAGCUUGUCUCUCCUCAUGGUACUAAGUCGGCGCUGGCUCGAUCUCGUCGUUACGAUGACGCAAUGACCGGAUUCACAGGUUGGUCGUUUAUGACUCUAAAGCAUUGGGACGAGUCUCCCGUGGGUACUUGGAAGUUGCGCGUUUUCGACCCUGCUCAUCCGAACAAAGUCGGCAAUCUCUACGCUUGGAGUAUGUCGUUAUGGGGAGCAUCGAUCGAUCCUACCAAAGCUGUGCCUUGGGACUUCCCCGAGAACUCGAUCGAGUAUCACGAAACUCUUGCAGCCGCUCCCGAAACAACCAUCAUCAAGCUACCCCCCUCUUACACUUCUUCGGCGAAACUCAAGAAGCCUACCGACCAUCUUCCCGACGAUCACGGUUCAGCUGAGGGAGAGAACCACAUCGACUUCACUAACCACGGCACUAACGCGCCGGUCACGGUGCAGCCCGAAGCAGACACAGGGUAUAUUUCCGGUCUGAAGAAGAACAGCACUUGGGUAGUAAUUGCGGGAGGCUUGGUGGUGAUUUUUGCUGGAAGUUUGGCGGCGUUCUUUGUUAUGAGGAAGCGAAAGAUGCGCGGAUCUGGUAGUGGUGGUGCGGGUGGCAGGGGUGAUGGCGGAUAUGAGUCUUUGCCAGGGGAUGAAGAGGUGGCGAUGGGAUCGUUGGAUGAUGCAGCUCGUCGUGGUGGAGGAAGGCGAGAGAAGGCGAGAAGGACAAAAGAGUUGUAUGAUGCUUUUGCUGAGGGUUCUGAUGAAGAAGAUGAUCCGAUCGAGGAUGGAGAUAAGGUGGAGGGUAGGGGGUUGCUAGGACGUGGUAGAGGUGGUGGUGGUGGAACUGAUGAGCCUUAUCGGGAUGAUGUCGAUGAUGAUGAAGAUGGAGAUCAAAGGUUUGCGCUGCACGAUGGCGAGGCUGAUGAAGAAGACGAGGGGGAUAACAGUGGUGCGGGUAUAGAGGAAAAGAGUAAGACUGCUGCAAUUGUUGAUAUUGAUGAAGAGACUGAGAGGCAGUCCGGAGGUUCAGGAUCUGGUUCGGGAGGCGAUGGAAGUUGGCAAGAUGCUGCAGAAGGUCGUGAACUCAUUGCUGGGUUGAGUGGACAGCAGCCGCAAAAGUAG